UAUUCUUUAAUUUGGAAACACAUGCAUCGUGGUUUUAGUAUUCAAAGCAAUUGAAUUGAGGUGUGAAUAAGGCCAAUAAAACAGCACUUGUAUGGUCAGUAAAAUAUAGGAAGAAGAAGACUAUGAUUCUGAGAAUAUACGCCCAACUUGCCCCACUGCAUUCCUGCUACUGACAGAGCCAUGUCUUCCCUCAGCCGAUUUCUGCUACUCCUCCUCACCGCUGUCGCCGCCGCAGCGGACCGGCCGACGGUGUACGAGGCAAUCGGAUCGUACGGACUUCCGCAAGGCCUUCUGCCGGAGGGGGUGACGAACUACAAGCUCGACGUAGCCACCGGAAAAUUCUCCGUUUACUUGGACAAGACGUGCAGCUUCACCAUCCAGGGCUACGACCUCAAGUACAAGACCACCGUCACCGGCACGAUCUCGAGGAACAGGAUCAGGAAUCUGACCGGAAUCCAGGUCAAAAUUCUAUUUCUGUGGGUGAAUAUCGUGGAGGUCACCAAGGACGGCGGCAAUCUCGAGUUAUCCGUCGGGAUCGCGUCCGCCGGUUUUCCGGCCGGCGAUUUCGAGGAGAGUCCACGGUGCGGCUGCGGGUUUAAAUGCGCGAAUUCCGGUAGAAGCGGCGGCGGAUUCAGCCUCGAAAAGCUUUUACCUCUCGUCCAAGUCUGAUCGCGAUAUGCAGGUUUUUAUUGGAAAAAUAUCCUCAUGAUUCGACUUUGAUGGGCAAGGAAUGGUGUUUUCACAUCAAUUCCCCGUCAUGUUUCAGUCUCGUAUUUCAUUUUGUUGAUUCAUAGCACUUGUUAAUUGAUGGCUUAUGCAUUUAGAAAGUGAAAUACGACAUUGGAGCAUGUAAAUGGGAUCAAAAGUCCAAAUUGUUGCCUCUCCAGACACUUUUUAAUGAAAUGGUGUUUGGAUCUGGUCCAGUCAAAAAAUUGAUUUUCUAUUUCCCCCUCUUCAUUCUAUUGCCGAAUCAUACAAACUUUCUCAUAGGAGUAGUAAAUAUUAUUUUUAUCAUCAUCAUACUAUUAUUUGCAUGUACGAACAAUUGUAAUAUUUUGUAUUUGUUUUUUUUCCUCUUUA